AACCUCCCUCCAUCCAGACGCAGCGCGCAGCCCAUCAACCUGAUCUGAAGAUCGAAAAUAGGGGGGCUUAUAGUAAUCAGCCCUUCAGACUCCCAUGACAAGGAAAAGUGUGGCAACGUCGUGGGAGCGCUCGGCACACACAGCAGGACGCUCGCUGCGCGCUAAGCACAUAACCAAGCAGAUAGCGCGCAGAAAGACGGAGAGAAGCGGGGACGGCGGCAGCAUCCCGUGACGGAUGCAUUUCUUAGCUAAAACCGGACGUUUUGGAGACUGAAAACAAGAGAGAGAGGGAGAGAAGCAGGACUGGAAAUAACGCGCUUUUUUUUUUGGAGGGAUUUGAACAGAGUGCCAUUGUGCUCUAGUCUUCUCCGGAUGCUCAGAAAUGGGGGAAUGGACUAUACUAGAGAGGCUCCUGGAGGCUGCUGUCCAGCAGCACUCUACUAUGAUAGGAAGGAUCCUACUAACAGUGGUGGUCAUCUUCCGGAUUCUAAUCGUAGCAAUAGUUGGAGAGACUGUCUAUGAUGACGAGCAGACCAUGUUUGUUUGUAACACCUUACAGCCGGGCUGCAACCAGGCAUGCUACGACAAGGCAUUUCCCAUUUCACACAUUAGAUAUUGGGUUUUUCAGAUCAUCAUGGUGUGCACCCCGAGUCUUUGCUUUAUCACGUACUCGGUGCAUCAGUCGGCCAAGCAGAAGGAGCGGCGGUACUCAACAGUCUAUCUGACACUAGAUAAGGAUCAAGAUUCACUGAAGCGAGACGAGAGCAAAAAGAUAAAGAACACGGUUGUAAAUGGAGUACUUCAGAACACGGAGAACUCCACCAAAGAAGCCGAGCCGGACUGUUUAGAAGUCAAAGAGAUCCCUAAUUCGGCAAUGAGAACUACAAAGUCCAAAAUGAGGCGACAAGAGGGCAUCUCCAGGUUUUACAUCAUCCAGGUGGUUUUCCGAAACGCGCUGGAAAUAGGCUUUUUGGUGGGUCAGUAUUUCUUGUAUGGAUUCAACGUCCCGUCGGUGUACGAAUGUGACCGCUACCCCUGCAUCAAAGACGUCGAGUGCUACGUCUCCAGACCCACGGAGAAGACUGUGUUCCUGGUGUUCAUGUUCGCCGUCAGUGGGUUCUGUGUGGUGUUGAACCUGGCAGAACUCAAUCACUUGGGGUGGAGGAAAAUCAAAACGGCCGUGCGAGGUGUGCAGGCUCGGCGGAAGUCCAUUUAUGAAAUCAGAAAUAAGGACUUGCCGAGGAUGAGUGUGCCAAAUUUUGGCCGCACUCAGUCCAGUGACUCUGCUUAUGUGUAACACACGGGAAGAAAGGAAAAAACAGAUGUAUAAAUAAAACCAUGAUGGACAUGAUGGACAGCUCCGCACGCCUAAUUCGUGUCAUGACUUUAAGAGUGGGCAGAUUUUUUUGAUUUGUUGGUCUUUUAAGGACUUCAUGGCAAGCGUGGGUUACACGUUUGUUUACUUAUUUAUUAUUGCACUGAUGCAACUUUUUAGUAACGUUUAUACUCUGUAAGAUGCUAAAUGGAGACCAUGUUAACGUGUUCACAUAUUUACUCUUCUGUGGGCUUGUUCUGCUGUACUUGAAGAGAGUAAAAUGCAAAAAUUUGCACUAAGAGGUGAACACUUGAGGGCCUGACCUUAUCCAAAAUGUGCUACUGACCUGACGGUGUUUUUAAGACGUUUUCUUUCCACCUGUUUUCUGGCAUCAACCUAAUUAAAUGGCACCAUACACAGUAGUUAAAGGACAAAUCUAUCAUUCAGAUUUAUAUAUGCAUAGAUAUAUAAAUCCCUACUAUGGUUCGACCUAGUUGAAAUACAUCAUGUUUAUUUUUUAUGUUGCCUGUGUUGCACCACUGACCUUAACAUAUGUAACCAUUCCAUUGCUUUAUAGCUGACUUGCAAAACAGUAUCUGGUGAAUUUGCUGCAAACGCUAACGUCUGUGACUUCCUUAAUUUAUGACACACCAAAGCGCCCACUGCUUUUAUUUGUGAAGUGUUUUUUUUUUCUUGCUUUUGUGUAAUCAAGUGCCAUACUUGUAUAUAAACAUGAUAUAUAUGUAUACAUAUAAAUAUAUAAAUAUAUAAUAAUCAUCAUGAAAGCUGAUUCCCUGCUUGGAUUAUGCUAAAUGCCGCCCAGAAUUCUUUUUUUAAUUUGCUUUAAAUGUAUUUGUUGUGAUUUAAAUGAAGAAGAAAAAAAUAAUAAUAUAACAGUUUUCUCUGUUUUAUUUUGCAAAUGACUGGAAAAAAAAUAAAUGAAGUGCUAGUCUUUUUUUAUAUACAAGAAGUAAAUGUUUCUCCCUAAUCAAAGCCGAUCAAAACUGGAAAAAAUAGCACAAAUUGACAUUUUUAUCAAAGAAAGGGCAAUAAAAAUCUGCUCUGGUGCUACAGUUUUUUCAUAGAGUGGUUUAAAUGUAACUGAAACAGACCAGAAAAAAAACACAAACAUCUUUUUUUUUUCUCUGUGGAAAAUAAAAGUGGGAUUCAUGUACA